AUGGAUGUUCAACAUGUUGCUUUCGUUGGAGCGGACGGAAAACUCGGCCCGUCCGUCCUCAAAGCUCUAGCCUCGUCAGGUCAAUUUAAUAUUACGGUGCAAAAACGCCGGUCUUCUUCUUCAGUAUCAAACUACCCUCCUUCCGUACAAACCGUCUUGAUACCCGACGAAUUCCCUGUGGACGACCUCAUCGAAGCACUCAAAGGAAAGGAUGCGGUCGUUGUCACUGUUAAUGGAAGCCUGGACAAAUUGCAGAUGCGUCUUGCCGAUGCGGCGGCCCAAGCUGGCGUGAAACAGUUUAUACCGGCUGAUUUCGGCAGCUGCGAUUCCCAAGAGCAGAUGAUCUGUGAGCUGGUUCCAAUAUUCCAGAGAAAAGCCAAUGUCCGCAAUCACCUAAACAGCCUGGUGGUUCGGUAUCCUGGGUUCUUGUGGACUAGCCUCGUCUGUGGGCAUUUUUUCGACCAAGAAGACUUGGAAUUCCUGCAUAUUGAUCUUAAAAGGCAGAAGGCAGAUGUUCUGGAUGAUGGGGAGACCCGCGCUUCGACAAGCACCUUCCACCAAAUUGGCUCUGCUGUAGUGAAAAUAUUGGAACGACGGGGAAUGGAAGAAAUCAAGAACAGGGUUAUAUAUAUUCAAAGCUUUUUCGUAUCGCAGAUGCAGGUUGUUAGGGCAUUUGAACAUGCGAUGGGCCAGAAGUGGGAGAUCAGUCAUAUCAACUCUGCGACUUUGAUAAAGGAGAAAAAGGAAGAGGCAGAUAAAAAAGGCACUGUUGCUUCUGUGGACCUAGUCUGGGCGUUGGGAACAUUAUAUGCAAACUGGGAAAAGAAGGAUGGAUUUGCAAAUGAGGUUUUAGGCUUAGUUGAAGAGGAUAUCAGCAAAGUCGUUGCUAAUUUUGUAGAUCUAAAUGAUAAUCACAGCUAG